GUAGAGUCUAGUUAGCCCUGCGUGGCUCCAGUCGUGGGGAAUUCAAUGGUGUAAAAGAGAGGAGCGGGACGUUCACUAUCAGCUGACCGGUAGCCAGCAUGGGUCGGCGCUCCUCUGACAGCGAGGAUGACAGUCGGAGCCGGAGGAAAAGAAAACAGCGUCGCCGUUCUUCGUCCUCCUCGUCUUCCUCCUCCUCCGGGAGCCGGGUGAGGAGUAGCCGCAGCAGGAGAUCCACCCGUAGGAGCCGAUCUCGCUCCAAAGACAGAAGGAGAAGACGGCGUUCCAGCAGCAGUUCCUCCCAGAGUUCGUCUCGCAGGAGAAGGAGCCGAAGUGCGGACAGAGACAAAGGAAGAAGCCACCGCUCACAUAGAUCCCGCAGCCGGGAGAGAAGGUCUCAUUCUCACCACAGACGGUCCCGCAGCAGGAGCAACAGCCGCGGCCACCGAACAAGCCACAGCCGCAAAAGAAGCCGCAGCAACAGCCGGGAGCGGGACAGGAGUCGGCGCAAGGGUCGCGACCGGGACCGGGAGAAAGAUAGGGAGCGAGACCGAGGAAGAGACCGAGACAAGGACAAGAGUAAAGACAAGAAAGGGGAUUCUGGGAGUAUCAAAGACAAAUUAGAGCAUCUGACUCCAGCAGAGCAGGCGAAGGUUCGAAUGCAUUUGGUCCUACAGGCAGCAGCUAAGACAGAUGAAGUUCUGAAGGCCAAAGUAGCCAAAAGAGAAGAGGAGGCCCGAAAGAAGCUUGAAGAAGAGGGAACCUCUCUGGAGGAGCAAGUGCGAAGGAUAAAGGACAUCGAGGCCAUCGAGAGUGAUUCCUUUGUUCCUCAGGCUUUCAAAUCUUCCCGGGAUGACACAAAGUUUCUAAGAGGAGUCCUGGUCUACGCCCUGGAUAACCAUGAAGUCUACAAUCUUCCCCAUGAUUGUGUGGGCUUUAACAUGGUUGUUGCAGCUCAGAAGAAGCAGGAAUCAGAGAGCGCUCCCUCUCAGGACUACUCCCUCCCGAUGUCUAUAGUCUAUGAUGACAGCGGCACUCUCGCUCAUCCCAGUUUGUUCAUGGAUAAAGAGAGGGCUGAAGAUCUCUGGCUGAGCAGGUUGAUCUCACUGCGACAAGAACGACUGAUGGGAAGUCCUGUAGCCUGAAGGCCAACAGCGUCCAAUAAGAGCUUUUUGUUCCCAGCGUAGUUUUUAGUUCAGCUCUUCACUUCUUUUGGGACAUCACAACAAUGCCUAUCUCCACUUUUGUGAAGCUUUUUGAGGGAAUUUGUUUUUGGUCUAUUUCGUUUUUUGUUUUGCUUUUUUCUGAUGUUGAUGAUUUUGAUUUGGUGAAUUCUGUUAAUGUUAAAUGUUGUUUUUUUAACAUAGAUGUGAACUUUGACACAUUAUGUUUUAUCUUUCAAUAAAAAGUUAGUUGUGACUGAUGUGGGUACUGUAAUAAAAUUUACUGACGACUCUUUCCUUAACAAAACACUGUGGCUCUUGUUGAGUUUCUAAAGUUAAAUAAGUAUAUUUACUGCUCCAGACACAAGUUUGCAUAUUCUAAUCAUCUGCAUUACCAGAAUUGUACAUGACUUUAAUGAUUUGUUUGGAUUGUUGUCCAGGGUGGAGAGAUAAUGCAACUUUUUUUUAAAAAAUUAACAUUUGAAUUUGUUGUGGAUUUUCUCUAAUUCUAUAACAAUUGGGAUGAAAAUUUCAUUUUUAGCAGAAUUUGUUGAGAUAUGUACAUUGUUUGGUGGAAAUAAAUCCAGUAUUACAAUUA